UUGAUUCUCUUCCCUUCUCUCUCUCUUUCUCUGUGAUCUCUUUCCCUUUCUCUGUGUGUCGAAGAUGAAGUUCCAAUUAAUGGAGCUCCUGUUUGGGAAGAACAGCCCAAAGCAAAUGAUCCCAAAAGUAACAUUACUCGCAGUUUUCGCCAUUCUUCUCUUCACCAUCUCUCCAUUAUCAAGCCCUCUGUUCCGAUAUCACCAUUCGUCACCGUCAUCGUCACCGUCUUCUUCAUUAUCCUUAUCGUCUGCAUUUGAUGAUCUGAACGAGUCGACGACGAGUCUGCCGUCGACCUCGAUCACCAUGUGCGACCUGUUCACAGGAGAGUGGGUUCCGAACGCUAAGGCUCCGUAUUACUCGAACACAACGUGCUGGGCCAUCCAUGAACACCAGAACUGCUUGAAGUAUGGAAGACCAGAUUCGGAGUUCCUGAAAUGGAGAUGGAAACCUAAUGGCUGUGACCUUCCGAUCUUCAAUCCGUUUCAGUUUCUGGAGAUCGUGAGGGGAAAAUCUAUGGCGUUCGUUGGAGAUUCCAUUGGGAGGAAUCAGAUGCAGUCCAUGAUUUGCCUUCUUUCGAGGGCAGAAUGGCCAAUAGACGUAUCAUUGACACAAGACGACUAUUUCAAGCGUUGGAAGUACCCUAACUACAACUUCACCAUGGCCACCUUCUGGACACCACACCUAGUCAAGUCCAAAGAAGCCGACUCCGGCGGUCCAACCAACUCCGGCAUCUACAACCUCUACCUCGACGAGCCUGACGACAAGUGGGCCACCCAAAUCGCCGACUUUGAUUACAUCAUUCUUAACGGCGGCCACUGGUUCAUGAGGUCCAUGGUCUUCUACGAGAAGCAAACCGUCGUCGGUUGCCACUACUGCCUCCUCCCCAACGUCCCUGACCUAACCAUGUACUACGGUUACCGGAAAGCUUUCCGGACGGCGUUCAAAACCAUCUUAAAUACGGAAAACUUCAAAGGCAUUACUUUUCUGAGAACUUUUGCACCUUCACACUUCGAAAAUGGACUGUGGAAUGAAGGUGGGAACUGUGUGAGGACGAAGCCAUUUAAGAGCAAUGAGGUACAGUUACAAGGUAUAGACUUGGAGUUUUAUAUGAUACAAAUGGAGGAGUAUAAGAUCGCUAUGAAAGAAGCUAGAAAGAAGGGUUUGAAUAUUAGGGUUUUUGAUACGACACAAGCGAUGUUGAUGAGACCUGAUGGUCAUCCAAGUAGGUAUGGGCAUAAGGCUGAAGAGAAUGUGACUUUGUAUAAUGAUUGUGUUCAUUGGUGCUUGCCUGGGCCCAUUGACACGUGGAGUGAUAUCCUGCUUGAGAUGUUGAAGAUGGAGGGUGUUAGAUCUGCUCAAGAGAGGCUUCAUCCUAACACAAAUUGAGCUAUAUAUAGAUUUUUAAAGAUAAGUUGCCCUGAUGGUAGAAGGUCCACUGGAGGUUUUAGUAUUUUCUUUGGCCAAAACUAAGUGUCCUGCUCUGCCAAAAAACAACACACUGUUGCUGGAUCAUCUGCUGAAGCUGAAUAUCGUUCUUUGGCCCUUGCUACAUACAUGUGACCUUAUCUGGCUUCAAUAUUUGCUAAAGGAAUUAGGGACAUAUCUUGCUGUGAUAAUAUUGGUGCUACAUGUCUCUCUGCCAAGCCCAUCAUGCAUGCUCGUACUAAACAUGUUGAGUUGGAUUACCACUUUAAUUUGUUAGAGAGAGAGUUGUGGCCAAAACUCUCAAUAUUACUUUUCUUUUCUCCAAAGAUCAGAUUGCUGAUAUUUUUACCAAGCCACUUCCUGCUGCUCGCUUUGAAUUUUUAAAAUCAAGCCUCACUGUCCUUCCUCUGCUGUUCAACUUGAGGGGGGGCUUUUGAAGAUAAAGUCCAAUCUGAUGCUCACUCCAAGCCCAAUAACGUCAAGCCCAAGGUUUCUAGACUACGCACUGAUGCUAAGACUGAUCACUUAAUAUUUAGGCAGAAUGAUAUUUAAGGUCUUCUUAAAAAAAUUUAUCACAAUAAAAGCCUAUUAGUUUUACAUCAGAUAUUUUCUUGCAACAAUAUGUAUAUAUUGUUAAAAACUAAAUCUUAAUUUAUUAAAUUUUUAAGGAAGUUCUAACAA